CUCUCACACAGGAAAUAGACGGGAGCUAAGCGGAAGUGUCGAGAAAUAUUGCUAGAUUGUUUUUGGAUGUCUGGAUUGAAACAGAGUUAAUUUCUCUCUCUAACGCAAUUAUAUGUUAUACUAACAUAAAAUAUGGGCAGGUAAUAUCUGUUUAGCAGGGUGCAAAUCUGUUUAAAGAAGUAAUCUAUUACACCGGUGCUAUUGGACAGUCCUUCAACACUCCCCCAGUCAUUCAUAGGCCAGAAACGUGUUGAUAUCUCUUCAUUAACUGUGGCCACAACAUGGCUAACAGCGCCCCAAUAAUAGUGAAGGGUCUGUCCUCAGGUCCUGCAGGCAGGAGCAGUCCAGAGGGAUCUCAGGUGCUCAGUAAGAAGAAGCUACAAGACCUUGUAAGAGAGAUUGAUCCAAAUGAACAGUUGGAUGAGGAUGUUGAGGAGAUGCUGCUUCAGAUUGCAGAUGACUUCAUAGAAAGUGUAGUGACAGCAGCUUGUCAGUUGGCACGUCAUCGCAAAUCCAAUACACUGGAGGUUAAAGAUGUUCAGCUACAUCUAGAGCGUCAGUGGAACAUGUGGAUUCCAGGUUAUGGAUCGGAUGAAAUCAGACAGUUUAAGAAAGCUUGUACCACAGAGGCUCACAAACAGAGAAUGGCGCUGAUCCGCAAGACAACCAAAAAGUAGCACAAAAACUAUAUUGUACCAUCUCUGUAUAUGUUUGUUUUUUUCUUUUGUUUGUCUUUUCUGAGUAAUGAAGUAACAUUGGUGUGUUGAGGGGUGCUUAAAUUGUGAUUUUUGUCUCUUUAACGUUUGACUGUCUUGCAAGAAUCACAAAAAAAAAAAAAUUGCUAUUCAUGUUUUGAUCUUUUUCGUUGCCAUUAAAUCCAGACUGGCAGAUCCCCAUCUUAUUAUUUUGAAUUAAUGUUUACUGGAUUCUCUUUUCUUUUUUUUUUUGUAUUGAAUAUUAUUGGUUUUGCUUUUGAUACUGUUGAGCAUGAAUUUGUGAGUGUUACCGACUCUUAAGCCUUCUGAGGAAGGUAAUUUAUAAUGUUUUGCCAAGGUACAUGUUAGGCAUGAGAAAGCUUUCUGUUUACUCACUGUACUUUGUAUUCCCCUUUGCAUUUUCUGACAAUUAUUGAAAAGAAAUGUAUGCAGUUAAAUUUUCAGUGUCUGAAUAAAGAAAUUAUACUGGUAAAUUACAAAAAAAA